AUGUCUGAGAAGAAAUGGCCAGAUGCGCGAGUCAAAUAUGAACUCCACGAACAUUUGGCUCGUAGAAACAUUCACUUCGAUUCGAAAACUUCUCGAGAUGAGAUGAUUUCUCUCUUGGAAAGGCACGAUGUUUCGUAUGAAGAAGUCAUGGCUGAGGGCAGAAUGCAAAGCGAGUCCAAACUGCCAUUUCCGCCAAAGGCUCAACGUGACCCGAGCCCAAAUGACGAGUGGCGCAAAAAGCGACCGAGAGUAGAGGCCGAAAAGCUACCUAAAGCUGAGCUAGAGUUCCUGCGACAUGCCAAGACUCCGGACCUCCUCCCUAACUUAUGGAAAUUGCCUGAAGCUGAUAGGGAAAACAUUCUCAUCAGCUCUGGUUUGCAAUUCAAGAGUUCUUAUCCAGAGAGGGAUGUUCUUCAGUUUUGGUUCUAUGCGGACCAUGCUAUUGAGCAACAUGGAAUAAGUGAAGAUGGGGAUGAAAUGAUUACCUCAUUUCUUAAUAAUCCCCUCAUGUGGGAGGAUAUCACUUGGAGCGAAGAUGAAGAUGAUCGCAAUCUCAUAAACGCUCGCAUGAAGACGGCAUUCAGCCGCCUGAAAACACUCAGAGCGCAGUAUCCUGACAAGAAGGGCGAUGACGGCCCCAAGGGCGAUGACGGCCCCAAGGGUGAUGACGGCCCCAAGGGUGAUGACGGCCCCAAGGGUGAUGACGGCCCCAAGGGUGAUGACGGCCCCAAGGGUGAUGACGGCCCCAAGGGUGAUGACGGCCCCAAGGGUGAUGACGGCCCCAAGGGCGGUGGCAUCGAAUAUGACUCGAAGGAACGUCGCGAUUGGAGAGCGCAGUUUCACGGUAGAGGAUCACCCGAAGCUAACCGGAUGGAACUCAAAGACCCUGAAAAUGACAAAGAUGUUAUUGCAGAUAUUCUAGGACGCCACCCAGUCCGGAAGACUUGGUUGGCCAUUGCAUUGCCAAGCUUGAAUGAAGAGUACCCAAAGUUAUCCCGAGGCUACUAUAUCAACGCUGGUGCUGUUUAUCCCCAAGCCUUCUCAAGAUAUGUCAAGGAAGGUGCCAACAUCACCCUCUCCACAGCAACACACAAAAGCCAGAUGGAGAACUGUUCCUAUGAGAAAUUCGAGCUCAAUCUGGUGUUGUGCAUGCCUUGGGGCGACAAAUGGCAUUACCAAGGCUAUGGUAUUCCACACUAUGUGGAUGACCGAGAUUUCGUGUUAUGGUCUAAAGGCCUCCUUGUCCAAUGCUGGAAGUCAGCGGCAAUGGAGGUGCUGCACGACCACAUGAUCAAGGCUGGACAAACCAUUCCCAUGACAAGCGACGUCAUAAAUCGCAUCAAGCCUAAAUCUUGGAGGAAGUGA